AUGGCCAAGCGCACCCCUGGCCAUCCUCGCCACGAUGUCUCGUCCGCUGAAACCAUCCCCCAUCGUCCACCCGCAAAUUUCACAGCCGAGUAUGCCGCACGGUCCCGCUCCACCCACUCAAUAUUAGCCCAGAGCGCCCGUGCCUCGCGUCUUACCUCCAUCGUUGCUCCCUACCUUCGACGACCAUCGGUCUCAGAGACCCCCGACAUGUCGACCCCGAAGACACCAUUGCUGAGCUUGAAGCUCUCGUCGCUCUCGUUUCUGGACUCUAGUAUCUAUGAUGACCAAACACGACAUCCGCUGUACGCUAUCAAAACGACGGGCACUAGUACAGCAAUCAAGCGCUCCGAUCCGUGGGGAGGAGCGUCUCAGAAAGUGGCAGUCAUCAAAUGGCCGAAGAUGAUUCCAUACAAGACCAAAGACAGGCAGUCGCUAGGUGUGUUGCUGCAGAUGAAGGGGGACAACUGGCGGGAAGGGGACAAUUUCCUGAAGCAGAGUUCAAUGUCAAGUGGGCACAAGUUCAGCAUUCCCCAAUACUCGCACACCUUGAAGUGGAAGAAAGUCGGCUCAUCAUAUUGGUGCACUGCUCCAUCAUGCAAAGGACCUAUAGCAAUCUUAGAGCCGCACGUCGCUUCGGUACCGCCGCGACUACGAAUAUACGAAACAUUUCACGACAAAUACAACAACGGAUCUCUGGCUGUGCACAGUGGCGUCUCGAUCCUUCUUAUGGACUACCUCCUGGUCACAGCCCUUCUCCUCGUCACGGACAUCCAAGAGUGGAUGGUCGUCCAAAAAUACGACGGUGAUGGGGAAUCAAGUCGAAAUGACCUGCAUCACCAAAAUGGCAGCUCGACAUCAGGCGACGACCGCUUUCCCCUCUCCGUCUCUUCUCCCCGGCCAGUCAACAUAGCGCCGUCACGGUGGCGGAAGAUUCUCAACGGCGAGCCGUUGUUCCCAAAACUGAACUUACAACGUACCCCGUCUACUUCGACAACGGCGACCGGAUAUGCUCCCACCACACCCACAUCUGUCCAACAACUGGCCAAGAUCAUCCACGGAGAACCUAUGUACCCUAAUAUUCGCACCCCAAGUCUGGACAGCAUGCUUUCGCUGUCGGAUGACGAAGACCGCGUCCCCAGUCCGAUAGCCUCGUCGAUAUACUUCCCACCCACAGGCGCCCCUUCGCAUGACUACUUCGACCCUACCUUCUACGACACUUCUGACGCGCCUCCUGUCCCGCCAUUACCGGCGAAGUAUGCCUCCCCCAGUCGCCAUGACCGCGCCGAGUCCUCCAGCGUGUAUUCGCAGUCCUCGCCAAGAUCACUACCCACCCCACCACAGUCAUCUCCGUCUCCCCUGCCUUCCAUCUCACAACCAUGGGUUCGAUCACAAUCUACUCCACCAGAAGAAGUCGCAUUAGACCCGCGCGCUAGAGCGCAGACCGGCCGACCCUCUACUUCAUCCGGCAUCUCGUCUUCUCUCAGCCCACAACCCAUAGCCAUGUCCCGAACAUCGCGGAGCAGCUCGAUGACACGCUCCUCGAUGAUGUCAAAUGGGGGGUUCCCGAGGAAGCUCCCUGAUCUGCCUACACAGACGCCCACGCCCCCACCAUCCACCAGCCCGGCUUCUCGUUCGAGUACCCUCCCUCCACCGCCCACCACGCCCACACGAUCGGUCAAGCGCACCUCCGCCGUCCCUCGCUCUUUACCACCAACACCCGUGCAGAGGAAUGCACCCCUCCCCGAAGCGCCCAUACAAUCACAACAAGUGCGUCAGGGGCGGACUUUGAGGUCGGUCAGCUCGAGCUCCGCUUCGCUGGCCAGUUCGUAUGUCUCAGAAGAUGUAGAAGCCACCCCCCGAGCGAGUCGAGUGAGGACGAGGCUGAGGGAUCAGGAUAAGGACAGUAUCGAGAGAGUACACAGGGGAAGACCGCCGACAAUACGCGAGUCGGUGUUCGAUAGGGAAGUACCGCCUCCUGCGUAUAGCAGCUUGGAUCAUGUCGCUUGA